UUGUUUCUCAUUGCUGGGGACAUUAUUUCUGUUUGUGCUGGAGACAGGUCAGGUUGUCAGGGGGAGCUGGGGCAGUGAAGGCUCCUCUUUGGGGAAAGAUCCAGGGACGUUCCCUGAGAAUCCCGGAGAAGGAAGGAUCCCAACAACUAUUUUUCCCAGGUACAGGCCAUCUUGAGCGUGAGAGCUGCCCAAGGGGAAAACUGUUGCUGAGCUUGUGAGCCCGGCCCGGCGCCCUGAGCGCAGCAUGCCCGCCCCGCUGCUCCUGCUGCCGCUGCUGCGCACCCUCCUCGCCCGCCUGCUGCUCCUGGCUCGCAAGCGCCUCCUGCCGCUGCUCCGGCGCCUGGGGGCCCGUUUGGGCUCUCGGGAGUCCCGCGAGGCGGUGCUCACCUGCCUGCUCUGCAUCCUCAACCUGCGCAAGAAGGCAGACGACUGAGACCUGGAGCCUCCCCCGGCGCUGGGGGGACAGCGCCGUGCACCCAGCCAGGGAGGGGGAGCGCAGUCUGCCAGCAGAGGAGAGAGAGCACCCUGCGCCUGCUCUGGCCAGCCCAGGGGAGAACACGGAGCCCACCGAGGGGGGAGGAGAGACCCCAGCAGCCAGCCUGGGAGUGGGGGAAGGUCUCUCAACACCCUGCGGGAGACAGGCCUGCCCCCUGGGAGCAGACUCAUCACUCCCCAUCUCAGCUCUGCAGAGCUGCCCCUUUCCAGCCUUUUCCUGGGAGGAUCAUUUUCAUCAUCUUGAUCUGAAGAUGGGAUCCAUCCGCCCCCUCACCUCCCUUCUUCUCUCCUGCUCUUCAGCUCCGGUUUUCUGACAGCCCCUCUGGAAGGGGAUCCCUCCCCUUUGCCCCCCCCCAGGGGCCUGGGAUGGUUAUUUUGUGACUUUCGCCUUUCGGAGCGGUUGGAAGCCCUACGUUUUGGGCCAUUUCAAAGGAGGCUGGACAGAGGCCUGGGGAGUGAUCUGGCCCUGGGCCCUGGGGGACGGACUAGACGGCACCAACUGGGGCUUCUCUAUCUCUGUUUCUGGAGGCGGAGUUCAGCUGAAAUCCUGUGUCGUUUCCUUGCCUCGAGGUUUGCAGGCUGCUGGCUGGAUCCUUCUCUGCCUCACCUCUCCUUUGGCAGCCGCGGGUGGGGAGUUUGGGGUUGUGAUAUCCCCCACAAUCUCCUGGGGACUCCACAAGGCUGAUGUUUGGGGGAGGAUGUCCGGCAGCACGGCGAGGAAAAUCCAGCCCUUCACCAUCAGCACCAAGCUCUCCCUGCCCAAGUGCACGGUGGACUUCCCUGGGGACUCCUGCCCUGAUGACACCAUGGCUGGCCUGGAUAACCGUGCCCUGCGCCAGAACCUCAAUGAGUGUGUCCCCCUGUACUUGGCUCGGGCCCAGUCCAGCCCUGUGCCCACUGGAGGUGGGUUCCGGAGCACCAGCCCAACUGAGGAGGGCAUCACCGACGAGGACCAGCUCAACCGCAACUCACUAGCCCGCUCCAUUAAGAAGAUCACGCUAUCUAACUGGCAUGGGGAGCCUGGCCCUGGCAAGGAAGGGGUGUCUAAGGGCCCAGUCCGGACCAGCUGUGAGAGGAACCACAACAACAACAACAGCAGACCAGGGAAGGCUCAGUUCAAGGUCUUUCUCAGAAAGGAAGUGGAUGUGGAGGAAGAAAAGCAGGAGGCCAGGAGCCCCCAUGCUGGUGAUUUCUGCUCUCCGGUGGACAAAGGUCCUCCCUUCCAUAUGAUUUCAGGAUGCCAUGCAGCAGCCCCCUGGAAGGAAAGUGUCAAGAACAAGGAGCCAAGUGGAGUGGCUGGGCUGAAAACUGGCAUCCGAAGCAGUGCAGGGCAGGCAAAUGUCCCUAACCAGAGCCCUCUCAUAGUCCAGUUCAACCGAGAGAUAAUGCAGGCCGAGAGCUGGGUGCGAGGGAAGCUGCGGGAUCUGAAGGAUGGCUGCAAUAUCCAGGACUGGGAACGGGUGGCACAGGCCCUGCAAAGAGACAUGAAGGAUUUUGAGAACACGCUGAUCAAACUGAACCAGAUGGGUGAGCAGCUCAUGGGCCGGCCCAGCCCCAGUGUGGAAACUGUCAGGAAGCAGCUGCUGGCCCUGAAGGAGCAGUGGCAGCUGCUGAAGCAGACAGCCGGGAAUCAGAACAAAGCGCUGGGCGGGCUGCGGAACCUGCAGGAGUUCAACAGGAGAGCGGAGCGGCUGGAGGCUUGGAUCAGGCAGAAGGAAGAGAAGCCCGCGCUGACUGCCCUUCUGCAAGAGAGCAUGGACAAGAUCCAGCUCACCCGCUGCAUCCUUGACUUAAAACAGGAGGAGCAGCAGUUCCAGGGCCUGCAUGAGGAGAUGAACAGCCUGGCCCAGAAACUGGAGAAGCACGGCAAGAGUGAGAGCAGGAGCAUCUCCGCCCGGCGCAAGCACCUCAAUAAAAUGUGGCUGCGGCUUCAGGGGACCCUGAAGGAACAUCAUGAGACCCUGCAGCUGGCCCUGGAGGUAGCUGCCUUCCUCCAGCAAGCGGACACGCUCCUCAGAGCCAUCCACGCCAAGUGGAGGAACCUCUGUGGCGUGGGGAAGCAGGGGGACCCCGAGUCCGGCCGGGACCGAGACGUCAGGGAUAUUGCUAGCCAGGUCAUGAUGUUGGAUGUGACCGUGUCCCAGCUCAUCAGCCUCCAUCCCAGCCUGGCAGCACGAGUCCUGCACAAACACCGAGACGUCAAGGAGAGCUGGGCCCAGCUUCAGCAGGUGCUGAGGAACGAGACGUCACCAUUGCUGGCCCUGGUGAGCAGUUUGCCGAUGGGAGAGACCGAUGCCCUGAGCCCCGAGCAGACAGAAGCCAGCAGUGGGGGAGUUGCGGGGAAGGAAGCCGCAGACAAGCGGAGGAGGGUCCCAUUAAGUGUGGUGAGUAUGGUAGCUGGGGCCCCUCCCUCUCCCCAGCCCUCCCCUUCCCUGCAACAAGAGCAGCCAAACCAGAGCCACUUCCCUUAGACACCCAGCACAUGGGGAAAGAG